CAGUCAGGUUUGUUGUCAUAGGUCAUGGGGAAAUUGCUCCUAAAGUGCAAGGGUCCACUGCUGUAUGGUUUUCUUCUGUCCAUGUAGUGAGAGCGUUGACUGUGCUGGUGGAUUGCAAGGCUUAUGGAACGUGUGAGCACAUAUAUCUAGGGACCAGCUCAACAGUAUUUCACCUUUCCUGAAAGGAAAACCCCAGCAGAAUGAGUGACAACCAUGGGAGCCCAUACCCAUUAUUCACAAAUCAAGAUUCAGUAAACUGGGAUAUUCGCUUGAAACCAAUUCAGUCUGACAAGUUUAUAUCUCUUCUCCUGAGCAUGGUUCCUUUAGUGUUUCACAAAGGCCAGGAAGACAGACUGAAGAAAAUCAAUGGCUUGUCACCAGCAGGACAUGAUUUUAACCUCCGAGCUGACCAGCAUCUCGAGUACCAUCACUUCUCUGAGCCAAGCUAUCUUGGAAAUGGCCCACACUGCUCCAAUAUUUGCAGUACAAGCUAUGACUACGACACUUAUGAUUACUGUGAUGGGAGAGACGUCUCAGAAACGGAUGCAAUGCUGCAAGACAGUCGGAAUCCUGGAGACAGGGACGCCGAUACCCUGCUUGAGGGGAGCAAAAAACUGCCAAAAGAAUCUAGCGUUACUAUGGCCCUCCAAAUACUUGUGCCAUUCCUCCUAGCGGGAUUUGGAACGGUGUCUGCAGGGAUGGUUCUAGACAUUGUACAGCACUGGGAGGUGUUCAAGAAUCUUACGGAAGUGUUCAUCUUGGUUCCUGCAUUGCUUGGCCUUAAAGGAAACCUAGAAAUGACAUUAGCAUCCAGACUCUCGACUGCAGUUAAUGUUGGGAAGAUGGAUUCACCUAUAGAGAAGUGGAACCUUAUUAUUGGGAAUCUGGCCUUAAAACAGGUACAGGCGACAGUAGUUGGGUUUUUGGCUGCUGUUGCAGCAGUUAUAUUGGGCUGGAUUCCAGAGGGCAAAUACCGCCUAGACCAUGCAAUACUUCUCUGCUCCAGCAGCGUGGCCACUGCCUUUAUAGCAUCCCUACUUCAAGGUAUCAUUAUGGUAGGAGUGAUUGUUGGAUCAAAGAAAACGGGAAUAAACCCAGACAAUGUAGCCACACCUAUUGCUGCCAGCUUUGGUGAUCUUAUAACGCUUGCCAUAUUGGCAUGGAUUAGCCAGGGUCUUUACAACUGCAUUGAUUCAUACUCGUUUAUCUCACCUUUGGUCGGUUCUUUUUUCUUGGCACUAACCCCAAUAUGGAUUGUAGUGGCAUCCAAACAUCCGGCUACAAAAACUGUUCUGCACUUUGGCUGGGAGCCAGUCAUUACUGCAAUGCUUAUUAGCAGCGUUGGUGGCCUUAUACUAGACACCACUGUAUCCGACCCGAAUUUGGCUGGGAUCGUUGUCUACACACCAGUAAUAAACGGUAUUGGAGGAAAUUUGGUAGCCAUACAGGCCAGCAGAAUUUCCACUUAUUUGCAUUUACACAGCAUUCCUGGAGAGCUACCCGAUGAAGCAACAGGCUGUUUUCACCCCUGCAGGACCUUUUGUGGAACAGGGGUGAAUAAGAAAUCGGCUCAAGUUCUUCUGUCCCUUGUUAUUCCUGGACACUUGAUUUUUUUAUACACCAUCUAUUUAAUGAAGAGUGGCCACACAUCCCUGACACCUAUCUUUAUAAUGGUUUAUUUAUUGGCAGCUCUUCUACAGGUAUUUUCUCUGCUGUGGAUCGCAGACUGGAUGGUGCAUCAGAUUUGGAGGAAAGGAAAGGAUCCGGACAGUUUUUCCAUUCCUUAUCUCACUGCUUUGGGAGAUCUUUUAGGAACUGCUUUACUUGCCAUCAGUUUCCAUACCCUUUGGCUUAUCGGGGACAGAGAUGGUGAUGUUGGUGACUAGCAAAUGUAUCUUGGACUUUCAGACUCAUUGUGUGCCUAGAUAAUCAUUCCUGGAACAAAAGACUGGGAAGACCAUGAAAUAGCUUUUAAUUCCAUACAGAACCAACUAGACAAAACAGUCUAGAUUGUUUUAUUAUAGAUGGAAAUUCUUGAAUUUCUACAAAUUUCCAGUAAUCUGUAAAUUUAAAAUCAAGAAUCAACCAGGGCCAGGGAGGUGGGAUUGUGUAUUUUGCCAGAUGCACUUUACCUUUUGACGUAUGCAUGUUCCAUGGCUUUAUUAUUCAUUUCCAGAGAGUUUUCGUGGCUCCAGGUGGGUUUUAUUGUGAUACUUAUUUUCUUUUUAAUAAUAAUGGUACGUAUGUUUUUCUUGUUGCUAACUCUAAAUUUUUCAUUUUUAUGUAAUUUAUUAUAUAUACUUUUAUAUUAUCCACCAAUUAUCGUCAACUUUUGAAGAUGCCAGGUAUUGAUAGAGCGCUGGAGUUCUAAAGAAUAAAGGCUGGCAUCAUUUCAUCAAUUGAGCGGUUGCAAGAUUUUAGUCAACUAGCAGUUCACCCACUUCUUUAAUAUCCAGUAAAGAUAAUAUAUUUCAAAUGAAUAUGUAUUGUAUACAUAACUAUUUGCAAUGGACAGUUUUCGAUUUCUGCUGAAUAGUUCCUACAGAAGUGCCUCUUGGGCCAACGAGAAUUUUAUUUACAGGUUUGUUAUUGUGCCACUUUUUAAGUGUAAAAAUUCAUUACUUGGGAGUCAUAUAUAUGUUAGUCAGAUCGUUAUGUAGAAAAGCUUAUUAAUAAUUCAGUAUAACUGUCUCUUUCUAAGGUACUAGUAUGUUGUGGGUCUCUCUCAAAAAUAUUUAUGUCUCGGCAUCUGUUUUUUAUAUUUAGGGGAGAUUUAUCAUUUGGGGUGGUUUUGUUGUCAUUUGUGGUGCUAAAUUUAUGAAAUGGUGCACAUUAAAAAUAUAUUUGGUGCAAGUGCAAUGUAUGCCUGUGUUUGUAAAAGUACACCAGGGGGUUGCCUGGCACGGAGAUUCAACUUUUUUUUUACUUUUUAAAAGUCGCAUAUUGUAAAUUAGACUUAAUGACUAUGUACACCUUUUGGUGGCAUUUUUUUUAAAUUAUUAUUGCAUUGUACUCAUUUUGAGCUAAAAAUCUUUUUUUCAGUUGGUCUUUAUUCAAAAUGAUGAGCCGUU